GUGAUAACUUUGAUAAAUGGGCUAGAAGAAAAGAAUAUAGGGGAUAUAUCCAUAUUCCUAGCUUUAAUGUUAAGUGUGAUACUAAAGGUUAUCUUGUUACUGCUAAUCCUCGUGAUUCUGAUUACCGUAAUAAAAAAAAUCUAACCAAAAAUCCAGAACAAUAUGACGAUGCCAAAUGCAAUCCUUAUGGAGUAUAUAUGACAGUUUGUUGUAAUCAUCAGGUUUCUGUAACAGUCCAUCGUACUAUUUUCCCUCAAACUUCCCUUUAUAUUAAUAGCAAAAGAGUCAGCAAACAAGCACAGACUGAGCUUGGCAAGUUUAUUUUUUCCAGAGGAAAAUCUACCAAGAAACUUAAAAUUCCUAAUAGAAAUUUGACAAUUGCAAAUAUAAUUACAUUUCUUAAAAAAAAUAAAAAAGAUUUGGUUAAAUUAUUGUUAGCAAAUGAACAUGGUAACUUAGCUCUUUAUGGACAGGACUUGACCUGGAAUGGAAAAGUCUAA